GGGAUCUCAUUCGACAGUACAACACCAAGAGCUCCAGGAUAUCGUGUUCUCUGUUCGGGCUCUGAAGUCGACGUUUGCUCUGAAAGCUCCCUGGCUGUUAUUCCUCGAUAUGCUCAUGCUCGGCCUUACGCUCCUUACGGUUUGCGCGCUCCUUUUACCCGGCCGCGCGUACGUUCCAGCUAUACCAACCAACGACACAACCGUCUCUGGCGCACCCGAUGCAACGGACUCAUCUAUGCUGAUUUCGUGGUAUUCUGAAGGAUCAUAUGCAACCUCUGUAUCCCACACGCUCAUCCCGAGCGGAAGCUCGGGCUACACGGAGGGCGCGCUUGUGCACUUUGACGAGGACAUGGUCGCGGAGGGGAAUACCACGACGCCGUGGAUAGCCCUCGUCUCGUGUGAUGGCAACGCGACAAACCCUUCCGAGACGGACAUAUUUACGCUCGCAAGUCAACGCGGAGCUGUGGCCGCAAUACUAUGGUCGAACUACUCCGUUGCAUGUGCUAUCCGCAUCGAUGCCGCCUAUGUCGCCCCUCUGGACGUCUUCUCGACUCACAGUUUGACUUCCGGAAGGAAUCUGGACAAUACGUUCCUCCGGGCAGACCGGUUACAUUGGCAGUAUAGUUCCUACGACGGCGAUCAGCUCACCAAAGCCGCCUCCGCCGUGCAAGCCGGCAUCCAGGAUCCUGAAUCGGUCCAGCCGGGGUACAUUAUCGCGAGUUUGUAUGCGGACGUCCCCACCAACUCCAAGGUAUGGACGAGCACCACUGGAUUGUCAUCCUCGACAUCGGGAGGUGCAGCUGCGACGGCGACGGCUGCCAACGGCAACAGCGCCAGCUCGGGGACAAGCACUGCUCAUAGUACGCGGUUCACCCUGAAGUACUCCUGUAUAGCUGCGCUCUUGUCCAUCGUGGCUGCGUCCGUGUAAACCGUGUCUGUACGACUGCCUAGUAGCCAAUGCGCGUUAUCAACACACAUUAUGUUAUCC